AACUGCGAAAUAGAGUCUCUUGUCGACGAGCUUUGCGAGAAACUGAAAGAAGUAGAGAGCCAGUCCGCCUCUCCGAUUCCAGAACUAGCUGCUGAAUUGCAAUCGGAAGUGAGAAAACUCACUCCGCAAGAGUUGGCCGAAAAGUAUUACGCUGCCUUUCCCCCUCUCUGCCACAGCAAUCCCGGAGAUUCGAAGGCAGUCUCGCCAAUCAAGUCUGCCGCUUCGCCCACCAAGAAGAGGUCUGCUAGAAAAAUUGGAAACCGAUCCAUAGGCUACGAGAAUAAGCUACACGCGAAGGAGAAUUAUGAAAUAAAAGCUCGCAACCAAAAAAAAGAACGUCUUAAUUGCUUUGGGCGCAACAAGGGUACCUCCUCACGUAACAUUACCGCUUUCACCAACUGGGACAUGGCCAAUUUCAACCGUAGAGUCGGAGCUCCGAAAACUAAAAGCUUCCCCGACAUGGAUCAAUGCUUGGAAGAUAACCAAGAUAUUUGGGAGAACCAAUCGGAAGUUAACAUGUACAAUGAUCUGGAAGGGACUCUCAAAGGUUUGUUGGACUCGCCAACUCCUACAGAUGAAAACGUUAUGAUGGCAAAUUUGGCGAGUAUGAUGGAUUUCGGGAAACGAAUCUACGUACCAUACAGUACAGACAUCAAUAAAUCCAUCUGGGCAGCCGACUUCAAUGUUGCUCGUGACAAUAAUAUCAAUCGUGCCGCCGACCCAUCGAAGAGCACCCUAGAUCUAGAGUUCAGUUCCAUAUCCAUUGACUAUCCACCAAAGCCGCUCCCUGAUUGGCUUCCCGCUAACGUGCCGACCAACUCAAAUAAAAUGUUUGAUAAUAAUGUUUGCGGAAUGCUCUUCGGGGAGGAUUAUCAGAGUUUGCCUAACAACUGGCAGAAGCCUCAGUUGGAUAAGAAGGAGUUCUCCAGGGAGAUCAAUCGUCCCCAGAACGAUAAAAUGUAUAGCCGCUAUGAUUUGAGCUUGAUGAAGAUAAACCAUGAUAGAGAGAUGAGCGCCUUUGCUAGAGUGCCGCCGAGAUCUGAUAAGGAACCGAAACCAACCAAUCCAUUCAACCGAAACGCCGCCCGUGCUCUGAAUGUCCGCUCCGCCAGACGCAGUCUUACUUUUGACAAGGACGAGGAUCUUCUCACGUCAGAAAAAACUCACUUCAAACCGAUCAACGAGAAACCAGACAACAGCUACUCUAACUAUAAGGACGGCGCCACUUUCAACAUCUCCAAUACUUUGAACAAGGUAGAAUACAAAAGAAGUGGGAGCGGUACCUUGUGGUUAGAAAACGAACAAGGCCAGUGCACAAAAUAUUUCGAAUACAAGGGUGAGGGGAUGGGCUCCUCGUCCGAAUCAGGAUUUGUUAUCAAGUUUAAAGUUAAUCAGAACGACAAGGCUUGUCAGACCGAGAAACUGUCUGUAUUGGAUUUUGAAACUGUAAAGGAUGAUACUGAAGUUGAGGAGGAUGACUUCGGUUUUCUCAGCCCCGAACCAUUUUUGCGUUACUGCACCUGCACCUUUGACAAAACUACCGCAUGGAAAACUGACAACUCUAUGAUCUGCGCCUUACACCCCGAUCGUCCAGAAAGUUCACCCAAUGAGAUAUUGUGGAAGAAAUACGAAACAAAAAAGUGUGACAAAUGCAACAAUAGUACGCCGACCUGUGAUUGGUCCAAAAAAGGGCAGAAGGAUUCUGAUUGGUAUAACCAAGGUUCGAGAGAUAUUUGGAGUGGCGAAGAGGUGUGCCGAUCUUGUUUGAUUUCUAACGGAAAUGACCUACCUCGUCCAACGGCGAGUCUGCAACUACGAGAAGAUAUUUAUCAAGAUGGUGAUCAGCUACUUUCCGAUAUAAGAUCAUACAUGGUAGAAACACCGGAUAACGACAGCCAUUUGUACGAACCACUUCCUCUUCCUCCGAAAGAACGCAAACGCCGCCAUUCUUUUAUUCUGCAAGAAAUUCCAGGUGACUGGAGUUUUGCUUCUCGUCUCGAAGAGGAUUGUCUUAUUCAGAUUUCAACGCUGCCUACACUGCGUUCCGUCACCCUCUAAAUGUCUCUAAAAAAAUUAGUUUUUGGCUUUGAUAAUGUGAGCGGCAUGCAGAAUCGAUGCGCGAGUUCUAAACACGCCCAGACAGACAACUGCCAUAUUAGUUUCAGUGCAGGAAUGUAUGCGAGCUAUUGACAGCUCCAAUCAUACACACGAUCUGACAUGCCGCAAUCCUGCUUUUGUAUUUAUUGAAGAGCGCCGUUGGCGCCCAACGUGGGGCACUCAUUUUGUGACCUCUCCCCCUCGCUGAGGCUUUGUUUUGUUGUGCAUAUAUAUAUAUUAACGAAAAUAAUAUCAAAUAAUAAGUGUAAUUAUUUUUGUGUAGGGAGGUACUAUCUAUUUACAUAUGAUAUAUAUAUUGUUUGUUUUAUGUUGACAGGUCGUGUCCCGUGCGAGACCUUAACUACAUUAUUAGUCCAAUUUCUUUUGUUGUUAGGGUACUUUUCGAAACGUUUUGUUUUGUUGAGUGUACAGUUGUCCCUCCCACGAAUCACGUCGUCGGUCUUGAAAGGAACGCGCGGGGAAACGGACCCGAAGGAAUAUGACAUUUCUGAUAAGAAGCUAUGAUCUUUUCGAAUUAAAUUCGUGAAAUUUGGUCUGCAGCAUCACUGAUACGAACUGCUUUGAACUACUAAGAUUAUUUUCAGAACACUUGAAGCUCGCGUGUUCGGUGCCAUAUUCCGAUGUAAUAUUGCAUUGAAAUGUUUCGUUAAAGUUGUAUACGAAACGUUUCUGUGAUGUUGCAUGCAGUGUUUUUCGCACUUUUCUAUCAGGACCGACUAUUGAACCGGAUCUAUUUUAGAGUUAUUCGACCUUCCACUUUUAAACACGUCUGUUUUCUUUUUUGUUUUGUUGUUGAAAUUUUGUUAGUAUUUUAAUGCAUCAAAUUUCACAGAAAUUAAGCGAGUGACUCUUUCAUAUCAGACGGAAGAUGGUUUGGUUUUUCGUCUCGUUUACACACAUUUUAGCUCAGAUCUGCCGAGUUAUCGAAUGGAGAAAACCCGCUGUAAAAAUCCGCAUUAAAUCAUUUAUCUUGAGGCAGAUCUUCCAUCCCAACAUUUUACAGUUGAGUGUUUUGUAUGUGUUCCGCUAUCGUUAUAUAAUCCGGAAUGAUGUAUCUUACAUGUUUAGGGCAUUUAUAAUCAUUGUAGCGUAGCUCUGUGAAUUUUUUCAUCUGAACGAAGCAGAACACCUGUUGAUCGUAGUACGGAGAGAGCUUAGGAGAAGAUAAGCGGAAAAACAAAUUUAAAAUAAAUUAUCUGAAUAACCUCUCCUUAGUUCUAUUUACUGGAAUAAUUUGAAACUGGUACUAUCACCACAACUUUUUUUAAAUAAGUUUCUAGUGGUUAAUGGAGUUUUAGCGUUGAAUACUGAACGGGAUUAGCAACUUUUAUUUCUUGUUUACAAAAUUUUAUUAUCUAUUAGUAAUGAUUUACGAAAGUUUUUUUUUUAAAUAUUAUUUUAUGAAUUUGUUAAAGUUUUGCCAAAUUCUUUCUGAUUCCAGUUCAGUAUUUUAAAGACGAGGGCAGUUGGAAAAGGUUUCCAUUCAUAUUCGAAAUGAUUUAUCUACCUGAGUCAAUCUUUCUUCAAUGUUUUAAUGGAUAGUUCUUGGCGGCGAAAAAUAAAAAUUGGGAACCAUUUAACUUCAUCUGAGGUCUAUUUUGAAGCAAUAGUUCUAUUCUUUUAUUGGCGUAUAACUAUUAUAUAACUAUAGUCUUAUUUUCUUAACAGAAUGAUUGAAAUUAGAUUGGCGUAUGAAGAAAAAUCAUUUCGAUUAGUGAAUUUUGUACAGUAGUUGCUCUAGGACCUUUCUCUAGCUGGUAAGUUAGCAUGUAAUCUAAUGAAACAAAAAAAUCAAAAUCCAAGAAAUAAAAAAUGCUCUUAGUUUUAGUAUUGUGUUUCUAAUAUCGAAGCCUCUAUUGGCUGCUAGUUCUAAAACAUUUUUAUCAAAGGAUAUCAUUAGGAUUGCAGGGGUGAGCUCAUGCUUUGUCACCCAAAAAAAAAUUGAAUCUAUAUAAACGAUGAGAGAUCGAUUGGUAUCUUUGCUGAACAUUCUUCGUAUGUCUUGUAAUCAUACGGAUGAGACAAAACAAAAUUUUUGUGCACCAUAUGAAUAAAUAACUUCGCAGCACAAACAUCUAAAUUAAGGGAUGAAUUAUGGUGUACUUUGAACUUUCAGUGCUGAAUGUUAUUUUUGGAUAACCAUGCACCUUAGUUUUCUGGCAACUAAUUCUUCUCAACCUUUAUCAGUUAAUUAAGCCAGGUCACUGAUUUAUUUAACAUUUUCCUCACCGAUUUUCAUUAAUGUCUUCUCAAUUUCACCAUUGCUUAAUAUGUAUUUGUGAUGUUGCUUGAACAUUAAUGUUUCUUUCUGGAUUUAAAGUCGUUUUCAUAAUAAUGUCAUAAUGUUCACUUUUUUCGAGAGCAGUGAAUUCGUUUGAACGAUUUGAAUAUAUCCCCAAGUAUAUUUAUGAAAAAGUGACUUCUUGGUCACUUUCUGUACAGUGGUGGUUGUGGAUGGUAUUUGUGGAUGAGACUAAAACAUUUAUGGAUUCCAAAAUAGUAACAACAAUAAUAAUGCAUUAGCGACUAACCAUCCACAUUUAUCCCAAUAGAGUAGUUGUAUCAAUUAGAAUAAGUUUCUUUUACUUUAGUGCCUCUUUGGAAACACUUUAGUGCCUCUUUGGAUAACACUUGUCGACCCAUUCAUUGAAAGAAAUAGUAGCUUAUUCUUGGUUUUCAAAUAGCAAAUUAGAUAUAUUUUUUGGAUUACGGCUAAAUGUAUAAAUUUCCACCCAAAAAAAAUUUAAAACAAAAAACCCCAAAAAAACUUAUUUCUUAAAACAACACGGUACUUGCUUAACAUGAUAAUUCAACGAGGGUACACAAUAACGAGUCUGUUGAUAAUUAGAUUAGGUACAUUCAUGUGAUGUUACAUUUAUUGUUUGUGAAAUAAUCAGUAACCGACAAAAAAUAAAAGCAAGUACAAAU